GACCCUCACUAACAUCCAGUGUGCAGGGAGAUCAUCAGCACACACACUGCUGCACAUCACACACACUCUGUUACAGACGGCGUCACCUCUUCAUCUCUGAGAGACAAUCAUCAAAAACUGAAGAUGGGGAAAAUUAACGGAUGCCUGAAAUGCCUCUUUAUCUUCUUCAACAUAUUAUAUGCAAUCAUUGGAUGUGUGAUGAUCUUCGGGACGGUUAAAAUCAGCAUCUACAGCCAGCAGAUGUCAGCGGUCGGCUCCCCGAGUUUGGGAUGGCUCUGGGUGUUUAACAUCGGUGUCCUCGGCAUCUCCUGUCUGGGAAUCUACGCCGCGUGUUCUGAGAAAGUCCUCGCCCUCAAAAUAUUUGCAGGAUUCAUGGUGGUCGGGAUGAUCAUCAUGCUGAUCAUUGGGAUCAUCGUCGUGGUGUUCAGGGACAAGCUCAAACAGAACUUUGACACCGCCUCGUCUGAGUUCGUGAAGCCGUACUUGGAGAAUGAACAGCUGAGGGGACAGUUCGAUGGGCUGCAGAAAGCAGGCCAGUGUUGUGGACUGGGGAGCUACUCAGACUGGGGCGAUGAGAUCCCUGAAUCCUGCGGGUGUCGGCCUUCAUCUAUGAGAUCUGACCCGUUUGGACCGGCUGCAUGCAAAGCCAGACCUCCGGGGACCUCUGGGCCAGACUACAUCUACAAACAGAGCUGCGCUGACUUAAUCUUCGGUUGGCUGAACUUCUUCUUCAAGAUCAUCAUGGCGUUCUUCUUUGGAUUAGCCGUGACCGCACUGUUCGGCCUGCUGGUCUCCCUCCUGAUGAUCCAUCAGGUCAAACGUCACGACAGCGACGGGAGGUCGUCCAUCCCCAUGAAGGGCUACUGAAGGGAACCCUGCAGCCGUGACCCCUGACCUUUAACCUCUGCACUGUAACAGGAGGAUUCAGCGGCCGAUCGAUGACCUCUCUUUCUUUGCUCUCUCCGCUUCAUUCCAGCCGUGAGAGGAAAACGCUGAUUCAAGUUUUCCUCCAGCUUCCUGUAAAAUAUUGUAUUUUUCUGAGGCGUGUAAUCUCUCAUGUGUCAUAUAAUGAAGGAUUAUCGUCAUGGGUAACGAGGAUGUAUUAUUGUAGCACACCUGACUGCAGCUCUGUCAACCUGAGGAGGUCAGAGCAUCAGAGGAAACACAUUGAACAUCAUGUUUUCUAUUCGACGGCUCCUCUGCAGCUAAAAAACAUCCACACACUUCAUGUUCAUCAUUUAUAAACAUAGCUAGGAGUCCAUGUGACGGCUUGUAGCGUAGCUUUAAAGCUGAGCAGUAAGAAUGUGACUCUUUGAGAUGAAUGAGGAACUUUAACCUCCAGAUUUGAUGCACUUAGAUUUCUAGAAACAUCCUGAACCCAAUAAGAGAAGGACUCCCCGUGGAGUCUGACCUCAUCAUGAUCAGGAUGAAACUCUCCCUCUCUCCUGCAGGACAUGCUCAGUAACCUGACGUCUGAAGGAUUAGAGUCAGGGACCAGAUUUGAGAACCUCCUCAGGUUGAAAGACAGCGUCAGGAGAACACUUCUGUGCAUGAAUAAGGACAUGUGUGUGUUUCUGUGUAAAUCACUUAAAGAGCUUCUCUGUCCUGGUGUUGGACUGAAGUCAGUUUGCAGAAUGAACGAUCCUGUGCUGAGAUUUCUAUCAUCGCUUCAAUCUUUGUAACAGCAGCCGAACUCUUCCAGGUGCUUCUUCUCAUGAUCAAACCUGUGCUGUUCCUCUCUUCACCUCCUUUGUGGUCCAGGUGACUCGGACUCCAACGUGGUCUGGGUGUUUAAACCCUGAGAGAGGUCUGCCCCUCAGACCUGUUCCUCUGUCGUGUUGUGGCUUUAAUGAAGUCUUGAUUUCUUGUUCAUGAUCACUUGUGUGUUUGUCAAUAAAUCCUGUGGCUUUGAGUGUUUGAA